GUGUGCCCUUCUGUCCACUGUGCAUGUGUCAUCAUCUUUCUUAGGAAUCCCAGCUGCAGUUAGAGCUGUACAAGAGGAAAGAGGAGUCAGGAUUUUCCUCUUAGAGCCCAGCAGGAUCGACAACAGGCUUCCACCUUCAUUAACUCAAAAAAAGCAAAGCAGUCACCAACUUACAUGAUGCGGAGCGGAGUUGGCCUGUUUGUUCUGGGUCUGCUGUGUUUCUGCAGCUCUGUGUUCGGACAGGGAGCUGUGGAGGCUCAGCGGGGUGUUCUGAUCUUCUGUGAUGACCCCUCUGUACAAAAGGCCGUCACCAGCGCCUUGCACAAGUUCAACGACAGGUUGACCACCGGAUACAAGCUGGCUCUCUUUCAGAUCCUAUCAGCCAGUAAGGCAGAGAACGGUUCAGACUCCGUGUACUCGCUGGAGUUCACCAGCAGGAGGAGUGAGUGUCCAGCAGAGGGCAGCAAACCCUGGACAGACUGUAACUAUCUGCCAACUGGACAUAGGGCACCAAUUUCAUGUAAUGCUACGGUCCACAUGACAGAGAAAGAGACGGACACUAAACAAGUGGAUUGUAUGAUUGACAACUUCAUUAUCUCAGAGAGAGCGCCAUGUUUGGGCUGCCCUGAGGAGAUUGCAGCGAACUCCGAGGACCUUAAGGUUCCUCUCUUAGCAUCUGUCUCCAAGUUUAACACCAUCUCCAACUCCACUCACCUGUUCACCCUGCACAGAAUUGGCCAUGCCACCAGACAGGUCGUUGCUGGUUUCAGAUACCAGCUGAGAUUUGAUAUGAAGAAAACCACCUGUGCAAAGGCUGAACACAAAGAUCUCAACGAUCUGUGUCUUCUAGAUGAGGAGAAUCUGGAGCUUGCAAACUGCAAUGCUACCGUGGAUUUAGCACCAUGGAGAUUCGAGCAGCCGGAGGUCCAGGCAGAGUGUGAAGCAGGUCCCUUGCCUUCAGUGAUUAGGCGUCGUCCUCCAGGCUGGUCCCCACUCAGGAACCUGGUCCCAGCCCCCUCCACCGCACCAGCCAAAGAACAAUCAUCUGAGGAAGACACAACAUCUUCCAAACCAUCUGCCUCACCCAGCAUGAACAACCACCCGUUCCACUGCCCCUCUAACCCCUGGAAACAAUUCAAGCGGGUCCAACCCCAAAUGCCUGCAGCACCAACAGAUGCCAGAGCAGUGCCCUCCCCGAAGCCAUCAGUGGAGGGAGCCCUCAGCGAUACAGACCUGCUGUCCUAGAUUUUCUCUCAAGAAGCCACAUUUAUUGUAUGUUCAGAUGAAAAAAAAUUGUGUCCUCGAUGAAUUAUGUUUAACUUUUUCUCUUGUACACAAGACUUCAGUGAUGAUAUACAGCUUCCCAGAAACCAUCUUCAGACAUGCUUUCCCAGCAAAAUGAUGACAAAAGGCUAAAAUAUAACAAAUGUUAGCAUACAUACUUGUAUAGUGUUGUGAAAAUGCUCGAGUCAACCCUUGUUUCUUUAUUCUUUGGUUCAAAGUAACACAUUUUCUUGUGACUUAAUUUUUAAGGAGAAAUUAGAUUCAGGCUCUCUGAAGUUCUUCAGAACCUUUUCUUUAGAACUUUUUAACUUUAGCUACUUUUUAAACCCAUUUUCUGUCUCCCCACUUUUAGUAUUCUAAUCAUUUUCAUAGAAAUGUUCUUUUUUAACCCAAUUAACUCAAAUCUAUGAGUCCUUCAGCCAUAAAUGAGGCGAGAUGAACCAAUGUUGAACUAUUUAAAAAAAAUAUGUGACUCCCAUUGAUCUAUUACCUAAAAACCUAAUGUACAGUAGGUGACCAGCUAGAGGAUGAUGUCAUCUCAUGGUCUUUGCAUGGACAUUUGCAGUCAUAGUCAGGUUGGAAUAUUGGACAGAAGUAAAAAAAACUUGUAAGAUCUUUCAAAAUCUCUUUAAAAGCUUAAAAUUAACGCUCUCCUUUAAAGCAAAGCAUACAGAAAUCAGGGGUGGUUUAAACUUUGUAAAAAUAGUUGAUAUACAUGUGCUUGCAAAAAGCUAUGCAGCUCUGCAGCUACAAACACUGCAAGAAUUGGUUGUUAAUUGAUAUCAAAGAGCUGUUUUAUAUUAGUUUCCUUUAAAUAAAGAUGGGUAAAUUAUGCUCUCUUGAAAAUCAAA